AUGAAGGGUUGUGCGGUAGCUAAUUGCAAAAAUUAUAAUAGGGUUACGAAAGGAUCUGAUAUAGGGUACUUUCGAUUUCCAAAGAAUGAAGAGUUUGUAAAGCGAUGGGUAGGUGCAUGUCGCCGUGAAGAUGAAAUAAAUUUGAGAAAUGCAUGCAUCUGCUCCGAGCAUUUUGAUGCCAGCUGUUUUGAAAUUCCAUUGCGACAAAAAUUGCUAAAAUACACCCCCAAAAAUAGCCGAUAUUUGAAACCUGAUGCUGUGCCUACUUUACGACUACCAGGAUGUCAUGAUUCCUGCUCACAAAAUCAAGGAGACAGAUCAGCACGACUGAAAAAGAGAACACAACAUAAAAAUGUAGAAGAUAUGCUAAAAGCAAGUACUUCGAUCAUUUUGAAUCUAACACAGCAAAAAAGUACCAAUGAUAUCAGAACUGAGACUACAACGUUGGCUACAGCAGGUAUCGAAAAAGCAAGUGACAUACAGAUAAAAACGUUGAAGGAGAGAAUAGUGGUUCUGGAAAAGCAGAAUAAAGCACUCACUGAGCAGGUUGAAAAAAUAGAAGAAAAAACAGCCUUAAAAUAUAAAGAUGUCUUAGCCAAAGUUUUCACUCCGGGGCAGAUAAAAAAAUUAUUGAAUGCAGGAAAAAAAAGAGUCCGUUGGUCACCAGAGGAUAUUGCAACCGCAAUUUCUUUACGUAGUGUCAGUCCAAAAGCAUAUCGUUAUUUGAGAGUAAACAAUUAUCCUUUACCAGCUUUGUCCACCUUAAGAAGCUGGGUUUCCAGCUUUGACGUACAUCAGGGUAUUUUGAAGAGUGUAAUAACAUUAAUGCAAAAGAAGUCUCUUGAUUGUACUGAAGCUGAUAGAAUUUGCGUACUAAGCUUUGACGAAAUGUAUGUUUCGAACAAAAUCGAGAUCGAUAAGAAAACUGAACAGAUCAUCGGACCUCACAGAUGUUGUCAAACUGUUAUGGUGCGUGGUUUACUUUCAAAAUGGAAGCAACCAAUUUACUAUGAAUUUGAUCAGUCGAUGAUGAAAUAUAUUAUUGAAAAAAUAGUAGCUGAACUGUUCCGAGCAAAUUUUAUCGUAGUAGCGAUUACUAGUGACAUGGGCACUGGAAAUACUGGACUGUGGUCUCAGCUGGAAGCUCUUUACUUGGAGGAUCAUGUGAUUGAUGAAGACAUGUUAAAACUUGUAGACAAUUAUGAAGUGAAAGAGAAAAUUCACCAUGAUUCUUUAAAGUAUGUUGCUGGUUUUGUUGCAUAUAAAUUCAAGCAUAAAUAUAAUUUAGGGAAUCCUACAAACACCUUUGAGAGAAAUAUAGAACCAGAUUGGCUUGAGACAAUCUCUAGAGGCUCUCUGCUGUAUCCUAACGACGAAUUGUAUGAAGCUACACUGAAACUGGAAUCAGUGUUUUACACAAUGCAUGGAAGCUCUUUAUCCAAGGAAAAUCAAAUUUUUCAUAAGCUUGCCCAGAAUACUUUAAAUCAGCUUAAGAAUACCUCAAUACCAUUCGAAGUGCUCCUAUGUCUCAGUAGGACACGUACAUAUAUAAGAUUAAGAGACAUGAACAGGAAAAUUAGUUUCAAUAACUGUCAAAGGACACUCGAAAAAAAAAUGUCCAAGUUUGUUAAUUUUAGGAAAUAA